ACUUAAUGUAGCUGUUUCGUGGCUCUGUGGUGGACGCGUGGUGACCUAGAGCAGAGACGAGGAUAAGAUGACUUUAAACCUCAUCAUCAACAGUAGCAACCCGCCGUUAGGGGCACUGUUAGCAGCCGAGCACGUGAAGGGAAGUGUGAGCGUGUCUGUGGAGGAAGGCAGAACCAACAAGCUCAUUGUCUCUGACCAGGUACAGUUCAGUGAUGUAAACUCCAUUACGCGUUAUCUGGCCCGCUUGGCUCCAACUCUGGUUCUGUAUGGGUCCAGCGUGAUGGAGCAAACCGAGGUGGACCACUGGCUGGAGUUCAGCGCCCGGCGUCUCGGCGGAGAGUCUGGCCAGGUCCUCGCCCUGCAGCAGCUGGACGUGGCUCUGGGCUUGCGCACCUUCCUGGUGGGCCACAGCCUGACCCUGGCUGACCUCUGCGUGUGGGCCGCUCUCCAAGAGAGCAGUGAGUGGCAGGUGGCGCAGGCUCAGCCAGGAUCCUUCCCCCACGUGCGCCGCUGGUUCUCGUUCCUGAGCUCUCAAGUGCCCUUCAAGGACGUGGGCAGCAAGUGGGCCAGCAAGCUCACUGCCUGCCAGGCGGCCCCUGCGGAGAAGGAGAAGAAGCGGGACGUGGGCAAGUUUGUGGAACUCCCUGGUGCGGAGAUGGGCAAAGUGGUGGUGCGAUUCCCCCCCGAGGCCAGCGGGUACCUGCACGUCGGCCACGCCAAAGCCGCUCUGCUCAACCAGCACUAUCAGGUCACGUUUAAGGGUAAACUGAUCAUGCGCUUCGACGACACCAACCCCGAGAAAGAAAAGGAGGACUUUGAGAAGGUGAUCCUGGAGGACGUGGCCAUGUUGCAAAUUAAGCCGGACCAGUUCACCUACACCAGCGAUCACUUCCCCACCAUCCAGCGCCUGGCCGAGCAGCUGCUGCAGGAGGGCAAGGCCUACGUGGACGACACGCCGCCCGACGUCAUGAAGCAGGAGCGCGAGCAGAGGAUGGAGUCGCGGCACCGCAACAACUCCGUAGAGAAGAACAUGCAGAUGUGGGAAGAGAUGAAGGCUGGUACAGACUAUGGUCUGACUUGCUGUAUGAGAGCGAAGAUUGACAUGAACUCCAACAACGGGUGCCUGCGUGACCCUACGCUCUACCGCUGCAAGAACAUGCCUCACCCUCGCACCGGAAGCACAUACAAGGUGUACCCCACGUAUGAUUUUGCCUGCCCCAUCGUAGACAGCAUAGAGGGUGUGACCCACGCCCUGCGCACCACCGAGUACCACGACCGCGACGAGCAGUUCUACUGGAUGAUCACCGCCCUGGGUCUGCGCAAGCCCUACAUCUGGGAGUACGCCCGCCUCAACCUGAACAACACGCUGCUGUCCAAGAGGAAGCUCACCUGGUUCGUGGACCAGGGAUACGUGGACGGCUGGGACGACCCGCGCUUCCCCACGGUCCGGGGGGUUCUGCGGAGGGGGAUGACCGUCGAGGGGCUCAAACAGUUCAUCGCUGCCCAGGGUGGAUCCAGAUCUGUGGUCAACAUGGAGUGGGAUAAGAUCUGGGCAUUCAACAAAAAGCUGCCAGUUAGCUGUACAAAGGUCAUUGACCCGAUAGCUCCCAGAUACACUGCGCUGCUGAGCUCACAGGUUGUUCCCAUCUCCGUUCCCGGAGCCAAGGAGGAAAUGAAGGAGGCAGCCAGACACCCCAAGAACACUGACGUAGGGAUGAAGCAGGUGUGGUAUGGACCAAAAGUGUUUGUAGAAGGAGCUGACGCGGAGACCUUCACUGAGGGAGAGGCCGUCACCUUCAUCAACUGGGGCAACAUCAUCAUCACCAAAAUCCACAGAGACAGCAGCGGAGCCGUCUCGUCUCUGGAAGGCCGUCUGAACCUGGAGAACACCGAUUACAAGAAAACCACAAAGAUCACCUGGCUGGCCGACACCCCACGUGCGCCCUUCACCCCCACGGUGUGCGUCACCUACCAGCACCUCAUCAACAAACCUGUGCUCGGCAAGGAUGACGACUUCAAGGACUACAUCAACAAGAACAGCAAGACGGAGGAGAAGAUGCUUGGAGAUCCUUGCCUGAAGGACCUGAGGAAGGGUGACAUCAUCCAGCUACAGAGGAGGGGCUUCUACAUCUGCGACCAGCCCUAUGAACCAGUCAGUCCUCACAGCUGUAAGGAGAGUCCCUGCGUCCUGCUCUACAUCCCGGAUGGCCACACCAAGGAGAUGCCCACGGCUGGCUCCAAGGACAAGACCAGGAACCAGUCCACCCCCAAACCCGUAAAGACUGAGCCAACCUCCCCAGGCCAGUCCACGCCGGCUCCGGCACCCAGCCCUGUACCGGCAUCCCCGGGAGAUUGUUCUGCCCUGCUGUCCAGCGUCAUGGCUCAGGGAGACCUGGUCCGGCAGCUGAAGACGGACAAGGCGUCCAAAGAGCAGGUGGACCAGGCCGUAAAGCAUCUCCUGGCCCUGAAGGCCGAGUUCAAGCAGCUGACUGGGCAGGACUACAAGCCUGGCAUGGCCCCUCCUACGUCUCCGGUGCAGACGAGCCCCGCCCCAGCAGCUGCUAGCCCAAACCCCGCCUCGUCUUGCCCCUUCACCUGCGUCGCCGAGCAAGGAGAACUCGUGCGGAAACUGAAGACCGAGAAAGCGCCCAAGGAGCAAAUAGAUGCAGCGGUCAAACAACUCUUGGCUCUAAAAGCUCAGUUUAAGCAGCUGACUGGGCAGGACUACAAACCAGACAUGGCCCCUCCCUCCUCAGCGCACACACAGCCCGCCCCCUCGACACACACUCCCCCCGCUGACGUAUAUGGACAAGUUGCAGAACAGGGAGAGCUGGUCAGGAAGCUGAAAUCGGAGAAGGCACCAAAGGAGCAGAUCGAUGCUGCCGUGAAGCAGCUUCUGGCUCUGAAGGUGGAGUAUAAGCAGCUGACCGGCCAGGACUACAAACCAGGAGCUUCACCAGUCAGCACAGCCCCAGCAACCCCCGUGCAGGCUGCGUCCAGCCCUGCAGGGGUCAGCCCUGCCGCCAGCAGCUGCCCAGGGGACAUCUACAAAUGUGUGUCCCAGCAAGGAGAUCUCGUGAGGAAACUGAAAUCGGAGAAAGCUCCCAAGGAUCAGGUAGACGAUGCUGUUAAACAGCUAUUGGCUCUAAAGGCUGAGUAUAAGAAGCAGACUGGUCAGGAGUACAAGCCGGGCGUGGCUCCCAGCACUGGCCCCGCCCCUGCGCAGGCUGGGCCUAUCAGCCCUGUCCCGCCCGAGUCCAGCUCCUCCCCUCAGGCGCAGGCACUGUAUGCUCAGGUAUCUCAGCAAGGCGAGCGAGUAAGGCUUCUUAAAGCAGAGAAGGCCCCCAAGGAGCAGGUAGAAACAGCAGUGAAGACCCUGCUAGAGCUGAAGGGCCAGUACAAAGCCCUCACUGGGGAGGAGUACAAGCCGUUGAACACCCCAGGAGCCCUCAGGGACCACGGAGCAGCGGACAAGAGCCGCAAGGAGCGGGAGAACACGUCUGAGAAACAAGGAGGAGGUGGCCGCAGGCAGCAGAAGGGAGGAGAGAAGCCCCAGCAGAGUCAGGAGCGAGGAGCAGGAGGAGCAGGAGAAGGCCAGGGGCCCAAGAAACAGACACGGUUAGGGCUUGAGGCAAAGAAAGAGGAAAAUCUGGCUGAAUGGUACUCACAGGUGAUCACCAAGGCAGAGAUGAUUGAGUACUAUGAUGUCAGUGGCUGCUAUGUUCUGAGGCCCUGGGCGUAUGCUAUCUGGGAGAGCAUCAAAGACUUCUUUGAUGGGGAGAUCAAGAAGCUGGGAGUAGAGAACUGCUACUUCCCCAUGUUCGUCUCUCAGGCAGCGCUGGAGAAGGAAAAGACUCACAUUGCCGACUUCGCUCCCGAGGUUGCAUGGGUAACGAGGUCAGGCAAAACCGAGCUAGCAGAGCCUAUCGCCGUGCGUCCUACCAGUGAGACAGUGAUGUACCCAGCCUAUGCCAAAUGGGUCCAGUCCCACAGAGAUCUGCCAAUAAAGCUCAACCAGUGGUGCAACGUUGUGCGGUGGGAGUUCAAACACCCCCAGCCCUUUCUAAGGACCAGGGAGUUCCUUUGGCAGGAAGGACAUACAGCCUUCGCCACCCAGGAAGAGGCUGUAGAGGAGGUGAUGCAGAUCCUGGACCUGUAUGCGCGGGUAUAUGAGGAGCUGAUGGCCAUCCCUGUGGUGAAAGGCAGGAAGACGGAGAAGGAGAAAUUUGCAGGCGGAGACUACACCACAACAAUAGAGGCCUUCAUCUCGGCUAGUGGCAGAGCCAUUCAGGGUGCUACAUCACACCACCUGGGCCAGAACUUCUCCAAGAUGUUUGAGAUUGUCUUUGAGGAUCCCAAGAAGCCUGGCGAGAAGCAAUUGGCCUAUCAGAAUUCCUGGGGAAUCACCACCCGCACCAUCGGAGUCCUGACCAUGGUACACGGAGACAACAUGGGCCUGGUGCUGCCACCCAGAGUGGCCUGUCUGCAGGUGAUCAUCAUUCCCUGCGGCAUCACGGCCUCUCUGCCCGAGGCAGAGAAGGAGCUGCUUUUGAGUCAGUGCACCAAGUACCUUUCCAGGCUGCAGAAGGCCAACAUCAGGGUGAAGGGCGACCUCCGAGAUAACUACUCACCCGGCUGGAAAUUUAACCACUGGGAGCUGAAGGGUGUGCCAAUUCGCUUGGAGGUUGGGCCUAAGGACCUGAAGCAAGGCCAGUGUGUGGCAGUGAGAAGAGACACAGGAGAGAAGGUUGUCCUACCAGAUGCUGAGACAGAGAAGAUGAUCAAGCUCUUGCUAGAGGAAAUCCAGGACAACCUCUUCAAACGAGCCUCUGUUGAUCUGAAGGAACACAUGGUGGCAGCAGACACUAUGGAUGAGUUCCAGAAAGAACUGGAUCAGGGAAAGAUUGUGCAGAUCCCUUUCUGUGGAGGUAUUGAGUGUGAGGACUGGAUAAAGAAGACCACAGCGAAGGAUCAGGACCUGGAGCCAGGUGCACCCUCGAUGGGGGCCAAGAGCCUGUGCAUCCCUUUCCGCCCCCUAAAGACCCUCCAGCCAGGCCAGAUGUGUGUCAGCGGCAAAGAGCCAGCCCAGCACUACACCUUGUUUGGGCGCAGUUACUAAGAAAGCAGGGCCUUGCCAUAGCUCCUCACCCACAUCCACGCCGAAACAGCGCCUGACCCAUCCUAGAAAGUCUGAAGCACUAACAGGAAACGCUGUAACCUACAUCCUCUGCUGCCAAGUCGGAAAAUCAGUCAACACCACCGUGCUGGAGACCUCUGUUGUGCUGAGGAAAGCUCUCCUCUCAUCUGGCUACUCUCAGGACAUACAGUUGUAAUGUAUAGCCACACAUUUACAGUUAUGAGGUAUAGAGGCAGUGAUAACUACCUGGUUUCUGUUACCAUGAUUCAGCUGUGCUAAAAUAUAAACCCCUGUACAUCUUUGUCCCUAGCACUAAAAUAAUCCAAUCCUUGUAAUCUGUAAUGUUCAGGUAGUGCUCAGUCCAACCUGAAACUUGUACUUAAUAAAGGGAUUGUUUAUUUCUACCUUG